AUGCAAACUGUCAAGCUUAAUAAGAAAGCCAUGGUGGUAUUAGGUGGCUGUGUUAUAUUUUUCAUUAUCGCUUUAUCAUAUUUACCAUCAUCUGAACCAUCGCCUAUACCACGGGUACCAGUUAGGGCAAUUAGACAUCAAAUUAAUGAACAACAUCCGGUUAAACAUAGUUUACCGCUUGAUAAUAGGAUAGAAGAUUUUGAUGUUGAGCGAGCUGAUGAGAAAUUAAGGAAAGAAGUAGUAAAGCCUGAUUUUUCGGACGAAGUUGAUCAAAAUGAUAACGCUUAUCGUCAGAAGUUUGUGAAAGAUAUGAUGUUACACGCUUGGAAUGGCUAUAAAAAUUAUUCUUGGGGUGCUAAUGAGGUUCGUCCAAUCGCGAAAUCAGCGAAUAGCCAAGCUAUAUUUGGAGGAAAAGAUAUGCCAGCAACUAUUGUUGAUGCAGCUGAUACAUUAUGGAUCAUGGGACUUAAGAAAGAGUAUCAAGAUGCUCGCGACUAUAUAAAGGAGCAUAUGGAUAUGGCUAAAGCUACAGGAACGCUAUCUGUAUUCGAAACGACAAUUCGUUUUCUGGGAGGGUUAUUGUCAUUAUAUGCAUUGACAAAAGAAGAAUUUUAUAUCGAUAAAGCUCGAGGUGUGGGAGAAGCUUUGCUACCCGCUUUCAACACUCCAACUGGAAUCCCUAAAAGUAAUAUAGAUAUGUCCACUAAAUAUGCUUCAAAUUAUGCAUGGGCUAAUGGAGGAUCUUCUAUCCUUGCUGAAUAUGGAUCGUUACAUUUGGAAUUUGUCUACUUGAGCAAAAUAACAAAACAACCAAUCUUUGAAAAGAAAGUCAAGAAGAUCAGAAACUAUUUGGACAAAUUGGACAAAGUCAAUGGCCUUUACCCCAACUAUAUCAACCCUGAAACAGGCAAAUGGUCUCUUCCAUAUCAUAUAUCUUUGGGAGCUCUAGGAGAUUCUUACUAUGAGUAUUUGAUCAAAUCAUGGAUCCAAUCCGGUAAAAAAGAUAAUCAGGCCAAGAAGAUGUACUGGGAUACUAGUGAUGCCGUGCAAAAACACAUGGUCUUCCGAUCAGCCAAAUCUAAUUUGACAUAUGUUGCUGAGCUUAGAAGUGGUCAACCAGAUCACAAAAUGGGCCAUUUAGCUUGUUUCUGCGUCGGAAUGUUUGCUUUGCAAGCUGUCAAUGAACCAACUCAACAAUUGAAAGAAAAAACAAUGAGCUUAGCAGAAGAACUCGGAAAAACUUGCCAUGAAAGUUACAUUAGAUCUCAAACCGGAAUCGGUCCGGAAAUGUUUUAUUUUAGUCCAAUGGAUGAAGCAACGAGCUUGCGUAAUGAGAACGGGUAUAUUCUUCGUCCAGAAGUUCUUGAAGGUUUCUUCUAUUUAUGGAGACUGACUGGCAAAGAGAAAUAUCGAGAUUGGGUUUGGACAGCUAUCCAAGCAAUGGAGAAGUAUUGUAAGAAAGAAGGUGGUUAUGCUGGUUUGAGAAAUGUUUACAAUCCAUCUCAGGGAUCAGACGAUGUUCAACAAUCCUUCUUCUUAGCUGAAACCUUGAAAUAUGCAUAUUUGACUUUCACUGAUACUUCUGUUAUGGAUUUAAAUAAGUGGGUAUUCAAUACUGAAGCUCAUGCAUUCCCAAUUGAUGAUUCCGCAUCUGAAUAA